UUAUUAGUAAUUGAACUAAUUUGGAGUUAAUUUGAAAGGAAAAUAAAAACUUUUUCGUUUUAGUUUUUGAAUUUACUGUUCGAAUUUUAUGUGCUAAUUGUAAAGACGACUAGCCCACUUUGAUUUUAGACGAUGAAACUUCAGUACAUUGUCCGGAGAUAUACAUCCGAAGUGGAACUCCUUAAAGAUGAGCAAUGCCCUCUGGGCAUUUCCAUCACUGGAAAUCAUAAGGAGAGACCCACCAUAACAAACAUCAAACAUGGAAGUGUUGCCCAGAAGAGCCAUUGCUUGUCAGACGGUGACGUCAUCUUGUCCAUCAGGGAAUUCGAUACUAAAGGAAUGAGUAAGAAAGAUGUGAAGAGAUAUUUCAAAGAUUCCAAUCCUCGCCUUAACAUGAAAGUGGAAUAUGUCACUCGGGAAGCAUGUUUCGGUUAUUGUAGAAUAUACUCCUCCCAGAGAAUGUUUCUGGCUUUGAGAAAAGUAAACGGAACUUUCGGAUUUGUUUUAAGAAAAAGUUCAGAGCUCUUGGAAUAUCCAGUCAUCAGCAGCAUCAAGCAUGGGAGUCCAGCUGAUAGAGAAGGGAUUUUGAUGGACGGAGACAGAUUGUUGGAAGUUGACAAUCAGAACUUGUCUUGGAUUCCAUUGGCAGAAGCAGUCAGUUUCCUGCAAAACAAAGACGAAGUCUUACUUCUCAUCGAAUAUAAUGUUGGAAUUAUUGGUAAGGUAUUUUAA